UCGGUGUGUUAGAAAAUAUUUACUGACUACAAGUUUUCAAAAACACACGACGCUUCUGAAUUGAUGUGAGUAUUUGCAGACGCUCCCUGCGACGAUUGAACCGUCCCGUCAUACCUCGCGUGGCCAACGGCUCUCUUCACCACCGAAUGUUUGCUCAUUGAAUUACCAUACUCAACCUGUUCGGCUCGAUUUAGCGAAGCAUUUUGGAGCAAACCAGGUCGGACUAGCUCAUUAAGCACCAGCAACCGGACACACUACCCGGGCCUUGUGUUUGUCUGACUGCGGUGGUGCUUUCCUGGGCUCGCUGGCUGGGUUUGGUCGGGGAGGCAGAGGGAAGUAACGUUACAGAGCUGGUCCCGAAUGAUGAUGGAGCUAGAGUCGGCCAGUAAUAGAGGCGAACUGGGAGCUGUGGGGGACUCGCUGCAGCCACAGACUCCCAGCAGGCACGAAAAGAGCCUGGGACUGCUCACGACCAAGUUUGUGACUUUACUACAGGAGGCGAAGGACGGAGUGCUGGAUCUGAAAGCGGCUGCAGACACAUUGGCGGUGCGACAGAAACGACGUAUCUACGAUAUCACUAAUGUUUUGGAGGGAAUUGGACUGAUCGAGAAGAAGUCCAAGAACAGCAUCCAGUGGAAGGGUGUAGGUCCAGGAUGUAACACCAGAGAGAUCGCCGAUAAGCUAAUUGAUCUGAAGGCCGAGCUAGAUGACCUGGCUCUCAGGGAAAACGAGCUGGACCAGCAGAGAGUCUGGGUCCAGCAGAGCAUCAAGAAUGUCACUGACGACUCCAACAACAGCCCUAUGGCAUAUAUAAAACAUGAAGACCUCUGUGGAGCUUUCAAAGGUGACACACUCCUUGCGAUCCGUGCUCCCAUUGGCACACAACUAGAGGUCCCCAUACCAGAAGCUGUCCUCAACGGACAGAGGAAAUACCAGAUCCGUCUCAAGAGUGCAUCUGGACCCAUUGAGGUUUUGCUUGUCAAUAAGGACCCAUCCAGCGCCUCUCCCGUUGUUUUGCCCGUCCCUCCUCCAGAUGACAUCCUUCAAAGCCUCCCAGCGACGACACCUACCUCUCAUCCGUCCACUGCUGCCUCCCAGGUCUCCAAAGCAGCAACGUCUACAAAACCUGGUCCUGCCACGACGUCAGCUCCAGCAGCCAAUCAGACCGCCUCAGUGACAGAAGUGACGAGCACCACGCCACUCACCCCAAUCACAGAUACACCUGCUGCAGUUACCCAGCAACUACAGUCUUCUGCCUCGCUGGAUGGGUCUGCGUCCUCAUCUGCCUCUGCAGUAUUUGAACCAAUGAAGUCAAAUCCCUCUGAAUUGCUGGACUUCCCCAAAGAGCUCUCUGAAAUGUUUGAUCCAACAAAAGAGAUCAUGAGUGGAGACCUUUUGGAGGACUUGAUGUCAUCAGAAGUGUUCUCGCCUCUCCUGCGUCUGUCCCCUCCACCCAGCGACCACGACUACAUAUACAACCUGGAUGAGACAGAAGGCCUUUGUGACCUCUUUGACGUCCCCAUUCUCAACCUCUGACCCCUGGGACUGUUGUCGGAGUGAGAAGCGGUUUCCCAAACGUGCUUGUCUACCUUCAUUUUCUCCAUGUUUUGAAGGUGAGAAGAGGUGCCAGAAAGCCAACAUGAUCUGAAGAGCGUUCACGGACAUCCCUGCACUGACACGGUGAGCUCAGCCUGAGCUCAGUCAGACAGUAGCUCCGUGUACAGCCUCUUGAGGAAAUACAGGCUAGAACAAAACAUUUUACACACUGCUUUUCCAAGGACACAAAGUCAAGAGAAAUGACAAAUAAUUAUAUUUUUUAGAUUGUUAUGUAAAGCGUUAAUGUUUGUCUAUCAGCUUUCCUGUGUGCUUGUGAGCGAACGUGAGUAGGCAAUACUUUACGCGAGUGUGCUUGUGCGUCUGUGUGUGCUUGAGUUUUGUAUUGAACCCUUUUUUAAACUUGAGUCAGAGGUCGACAGGGGAGAAGAAAAAAAAAAAAA